AACUAGCGGAAACCCGCGAUAUAUCGAGUGUCAACCAACCACAAGGAGAAGAACAGAAAAGCCCUAAUUCUUCGAUUCGCUUUAAAAUAUCGCGAGAAAUCCACCGAUUACCGACACCAUUUCCUCGAAUCUGCAAACUCUGUAAGCCAUUUUCUAUUUCUCGCUGUUUUCUCUCCUAUUUUCUCUUCUAAAAUACUUUGCUGAUUUGAACCCUAAUUUUCUAUUUUAACAAUAUUAAAGCUUGUAAUUCAUGGUUUAUUGAUGCGUAUUGUUAGAAAUCUGACCUGGGUUUCGAUUAGGUUAUGUUUCAUAAGAUCGAAUGAUCCAAUUAUUGAGUAAAAUGAAUUUGUUUAAUGGCUUCUGUUUGGAAGCUGGAAUUGAUUGUGAUUGCUAGUUAUGACGGAUGACUGCAAGUAAAUACUUCACAAAACUAAGGUUGUGUUUGGUAGGUAUAUCUUCUAAAGUACCUAUCCCGUAUUGCCUUUUUAAAUAAGUAAUUUAUAAGCAUAAGCAGUUCUAAUAAGCAAUCCUAGACACACCCUUAGUUGCAAGAAUGUCGAUUAUUAGAGAAGUGUGAAUUAAUAGCUGGGUCAAAAAGUUCUCUUUCUAUCUUUUUAUGGAUGUAUGCUUUCAGUCGGCUGCAAGAAUGCCGAUUAUUAGAGAAGUGUUUGGUACUAUCUAUACACGCGUAAACAAGAUAAGCAAUUUAAAUCCCAAUCCGAACAUAAUAAACUGCUAAUUUAACUUAUACCCAUGGUUGCAAAAGUCGCUAGGCGCUCCCUAGUCGGAUUUGAGAGUACCCAGCCUAGGCGGGGAGUACUCGGGCCUCACCUAGCCUACCUUAAACCAAUGAUAGAAUUAAUCAGUAACCCAUAACUCAGGCCUUCUAAGUUGUCCAGACUUCUUAGAUCUUUAUCCAUGUGUGUCAAAUGUUAUAAACCUCCAAACAUGAGACUUCUCUCAUUUUCUAAUGCGGGGCAGCUUGCUGCAUUAUAUACAGUUUCUUUGUCAUAUUUUUUGAAUCAGUUCGGGGAUUGCUUACUAUGCGCUAACGAUGACAAAACUUUCUUGUUUGCCUAUUAAUGUCAGCUGUGUGGAAUGCAAGGUAUUUCUUCUACAUAAUGGUUCGAGAGAAAGAUGUUUGCUGGGAAUAUGCUGAGAAACUUGAUGGAAAUAAGGUCAAAUGCAAAUUCUGCCUCAGAAUUCUCAACGGUGGUAUAAGCAGAUUAAAACAUCAUCUAUCUCGACUUCCAAGUAAAGGUGUAAAUCCCUGUAGUAAAGUUAGGGAUGAUGUCACUGAUAAAGUUCUCGCCAUUUUAUCAUCGAAAGACGACUGUAAAGAAGUCUCUUUAACAAAAAAGCGAAAACGAGAAGAACCCAGAUCACCUGUUAAUAGAAGUCUGGUAACCCUAGAAACGUCAUCUCCAGUUGCUAAAAUCUUUCCUAAUAUUACCCAAAACACGUCUUCUCAUGUAAGUGAUCAAGAAAAUGCAGAAAGAAGUAUAGCCCUUUUCUUUUUCGAGAACAAAUUGGACUUCAGUGUUGCCCGAUCUCCAUCUUACCAAUUAAUGAUUGAUUCAAUCGCCAAAUGUGGUAAAGGGUUUAACGGGCCCACACCGGAAACUCUGAAAACCAACUGGUUAGAGAUUAUCAAGUCUGAAGUCAGCAUACAGUCUAAAGAAAUCGAGAAAGAAUGGUCAACCACAGGCUGCACGAUAAUUGUGGAAACAUGGACCGACAACAAAUCAAGAGCUUUGAUCAACUUCUUAAUUUCAUCACCAUCGAGCACGUUUUUUCACAAAUCUGUAGACGCGUCUUCUUAUUUCAAGAACACAAAGUUUCUCGCGGAUUUGUUUGAUUCCGUGAUUCAAGAUUUCGGUCCGGAAAACAUCGUGCAGAUUAUUUUGGAUAACGCUCUUAACUGCACAAGUAUAGUGAACCAUAUUUUACAAACAUAUGGAACUAUCUUUGUAUCCCCUUGUGCUUCCCAAUGUUUAAACGCGAUUUUGAAGGAGUUUUCGAAGAUCGAUUGGGUGAAUCGAUGCAUCAUGCAAGCACAAAUGAUUUCAAAGUUCAUAUACAAUAAUUCAUCACUUGUUGAGAUGAUGAAGAAGUUCACAGUAGGUGAGGAAAUCAUCAAAACCGGUAUUACAAAAUACGUUUCUCACUUCUUGUCAUUGCAAUCGAUCUUAAAGCAACGGUCAAGAUUGAAACACAUGUUUAACAGCCCCGAGUUCACUAACAACCCUUGUUACUCAAAUAAACCACAGAGUAUGCCGUGCAUUGGCAUAAUCGAUGAUAACGAGUUCUGGCGGCAAGUGGAAGAAUGUGUGGCGGUUUCCGAUCCGUUUUUAAAGGUGAUGAGGGAGGUUUCAGGUGGAAAACCCGCAGUCGGGUCGGUUUAUGAGUUGAUGACUAAAGCUAAGGAGUCAAUAAGGACGUAUUAUAUUAUGGAUGAUAUUAAAUGCAAGAUUUUCUUUGAUAUUGUGGAUCAGAAAUGGCAAUCUCACCUUCAUUCACCGUUACACUCGGCAGCUGCAUUCUUGAAUCCGAGUAUUCAGUAUAAUCCAGAGAUUAAGUUUCUUGGAUCGAUAAAGGAAGACUUUUUUAGGGUUUUAGAGAAGCUGCUCCCGACUCCUGAACUAAGACGAGAUAUCACCAAUCAAAUUUUGUUGUUUACGCGGGCCACAGGGAUGUUUGGCUGCAAUCUUGCUAAGGAGGCCAUUGAUGCUGUUUCACCUGGAAUCUGGUGGGAACAAUAUGGUGACUCUGCUCCAACUUUACAACGAGUUGCGAUGAGAAUACUGAGUCAGGUGUGUAGCACUUCACCAUUCGAACGACAUUGGAGUAUGUUUCAACAAAUCCACUCUGACAAAAGGAACAAGAUCAAUAAGGAAACAUUGAACGAUAUCGCCUAUGUACAUUACAAUCUAAAGCUAGCAAGUUCGAAAGGGUCAAAGUCAACAGAUAUUGACCCAAUACAACUAGAAGACAUUGAUAUGACUUCACAAUGGGUUGAAGAAACCGAGAAUCCUAGCCCGACUCAGUGGCUUGAUCGGUUCGGUUCAGCUCUUGAUGGCAACGACUUGAAUACCAGACAGUUUAGCAAUUCUAUAUUUGGCCCCAAUGACCACUUGUUUAAUUUGUGAUGUUUAUGAUGUAUGUUAGGACGAUUUGAUUGACAUCACAAAUAUGUAAAUGGUAGCAUAAAUUAUGUAAUUUUAUUAAUUUUAAGUGGAUAAUGUAUAAUGGAGUAAAUUUCACUUUUUGUCCUUUAUGUAUUA